AUGUCGACCAUGUCGUCAGAGGUUGCAACACUGACAGCCUUUAUCAAACCUCUCACGAAUCCGCAACUGAAAGAUUUGUUGAGGUAUGAGGGCCUCCAGGUAUCUGGGUUGAAGGCAACCCUACAGUUCCGCAUUAUUCAACGAAUCCAAUCUCUCGCGGAAUCUGACCCUGUCAGUUUCGAUGCCCUGGCCAGGCGCAUCCGCGCUACCGCUUUCCCUAACACUGUGCCAUAUCAAUCACCCACCAGACCACAAUACCAGCCAUCGCCUGUCUCUCAAUCUCCUGCACAAGCUCGAUCUGCACCGCUCGGGGUUUCCAUGUCACCUCACCUUUACUCCUCCGGUCCUUUGAUUUUCAAAGAAAGUCCAUUUUACACAAUCCUAGAGCCGUUGACUGCAGUUGUGGAAUGUAAAGUUCGCGAACAAACACGGGAUAGUGUUGAACUGAAGGUCAUGCUAUCUCAGCAAGUUGCCCAUAGGCUACAAACGGACUCAAAUCUUCGAGUGAUGGUUUAUUGCGCCGGUGAUUCAGGCCUCACACAAUACACGAAGUCCGACAUCGCAUUUCCACAUCAGGUGGAGCUCAAAGUAAACCUUGAUGAAGUCAAAGCCAACCUCAGAGGUCUAAAAAACAGACCGGGAACUACGCAACCUGCAGAUAUAACCAACUGGAUUCGCAAAAAGCCCAAUUACCCAAAUAAUAUUGUCAUGACUUACGCAUUGACACAAAAGAAAUUCUUCGCGCUUGCCAACCUUGUGAAGCAGCAUCCGACUGAUGAUCUUGUCUCGCAACUGAAGACACGAAAACUCAUCUCUAAGGAGCAAGUCUUGCGCGAAAUGCAAAAUCGCGCAAGUGACUCGGACAUUGUCGCGACAUCAAGUGUUAUGUCACUCAAAUGCCCUCUAUCUACCCUACGUAUUCAGGUGCCUUGUCGCUCUAUCGUUUGCACCCAUAAUCAAUGCUUUGAUGCAUCUUCAUUCCUUGAAUUGCAGAAACAAGCUCCAACUUGGACAUGCCCCGUGUGUUCCAAGUCGACUAGCUUUGAGUCUUUGCAAGUUGACCAGUACGUUGAUGACAUCCUUCAAUCAACAUCACCAGAUAUUGAUCAAGUCACCGUUGAACCCGACGGUGUAUGGUCAAGCCCUACUGGUUCCGACGUGACAAAAUUGGGAGGGAUGACUCCUGCCUCCGAUGACGAUGACGACGACUUGAUCGAGAUCAGCGAACCAGGUAUGCCCGUUGUAAAACAGGAACCGGGGCCCCCUAACGUCGUCUUGGAGCGAACACCUGCGCAGUCGCAGUCACAAUCGCGGGAGACAUCAACCCCGUCCUCUGCGAUGCGCAUGUCCAGCAAAAAGCGACCUAUUGCUCAGGUCAUCGACUUGACUGAAAGCGGCGAUGAAGAUGAAGAGUCUCCUGUUCCACCUCCUAAACGGCCAGCUUCAAGUCUGCCAUCCCGAGCUUUCUCUCGUCAGGAUUACCAUGUCCCGCCUGCCAACAGCCCUCUGAAUGGCGGAUCAUUCCCACCGUGA